GUUUCUUCGCUCAUCUCCAACUUAGAAAGCCCUCUCCUUCCUAUGAUUAUAUCUCUUUCACCCUCGGCUCUCUCGUUAUUACGGUUAUACCACUCUGGUUAUGAUAGCCGUUGCUCAUCGGAGACCUGAGAGCCGCUGCUCUCCCUCAGCUCUCGGCUUCCCUCGCCUCCGUUUCUUUCGAUACAGGCGGUUGAGGUAGUCGGUGAUCGGUAAACGGUAACUGCUCGCGCUCUAACAGAAACAAAGAAUACUUGAUUUCCAUAUUUGUCCUUGAGUACAUAUCAUAUUUACCAAGAAUGCCGAGUCCGAAGAGCCAGCGCAGGGUGCAAGAGGAAAUCAAGAACAGGAGGGGCAGAUUUGGUUCGGAGAGAUCGUCGUCUUUUCACGGCCAAACGAUGGCCGCGACGUCUGCGGCGACGCCGCAGCUCCGACGGCCGAAGACGGUCCCAGAUAUGAUCAUGUACAGGACCGCAGUCGGAUCCACCACGCCGCUGAUGGCGUCGCCGGAGAUGCGGCCGAAGCUGACAAAGCUUCUGCUCAACGUGACGAUACAGGGCAGCGUCGGGGCCGUACAGGUGGUGAUGUCGCCGGAGUCGACGGUGGGUGAUCUGGUGGCGGCGGCCGUAAGGCAGUACGAGAAAGAGGGCCGCCGGCCAAUCUUCCCGUCCGUUGAUCCAUCACGGUUCGACCUCCAUUAUUCGCAGUUCAGUUUAGAAAGUUUGGAGAGGGCGGAGAAGCUGAUGGCGUUGGGGUCUCGCAACUUUUUCCUGUGCCCUAAGAAGUCGGCGGUAGACGGUGGAAGUUGCGGUGGUGGGAUAACGACGUCGUCGUGUUCGAAACAGGCGGAGAAAGCUUCAAAAACUGGGUUUUCUUGGCUCAAGUUUAUGGAUUCCCUGCUGUAAUCUGCAGAACCUAGUUCGGUGUCUGCUGAAAGUGAUUGAGUGACUGUGUACAUAGUUCAGGUAUGGGAAUAGUUGUUCUUGAAUUGUUUAGAAGCAGAUCAGGCAUUUCAUUUAGGGUUGCUUAUUUGUUAUUUACCCAGAAAAGGAGAUGAAAUGAAUAAGAUAGAUGAUUUUGGAGAGGGCUGUUCUCAACAUGUAAUUUUCAUUUUUCAAUAUUACAUAGUAAGAAUUGGAAUCUGUACA